AUGAUGUACAAGUUCGUCGCCCUCUUGGCCCUCGCCACGGCUACUGCCGAUGCAGCGUCGCUCAAGGAUAUCAAGCAUGUCGUUAUGCUUAUGAUGGAAAACCGUUCUUUCCAGCACUACUUCGGUACUAUGGCAGGUGUCCGUGGCUUCGCCGACCCCAACGUCCAGGUGAAUCCUAAUGGACGCCCGGUGUGGUACCAGGAUGCCUCCGGCCUAUCCAAGGACGCCGACUACCUGUUGCCAUUCUACCUGAACUACGCAGGAGACGAGUGGUCCACCUACAGUCAGUGCCUUUGCGCCGGUGCGAACAACUGGAACCCAACGCAGCGUGCGCUGAACGGUGGUCUCAACGACCAGUGGGCCAAGGUCGCAACUCCUCAGUCCUGGGGAUACUUCAAGCGCAAGGACAUCCCUUAUCAUUUUGCUCUGGCCGAUGCCUACACUGUCGGCGAUCAUUACUUUGCCUCUAUCACCGCCAACACCGAUCCCAACAGAUGGUACUGGCAGUCGGGCACCAUCAAUGUACCCGGUGGAAAGCAGGCUCUUGGCUCUGGCGGUGUUGUUCUUGACAAUAACCAGGUGAAUGGCUGCGACGGCCCGAACCUGAACUGCCUGCCCCUGCAAUGGCCAGCCUUCGCCCAGUAUCUUGACGAGGCUGGUGUUGACUGGAGGUCUUUCCAGAACUCGUACGAUUGGGCCACCAAUAGCGGCCUCUUUUACUUCAAAGCCUUCCAGGACGCCCCUAAGAACUCUAGCCUCUACCAGCGGGGUCUUGCUUUCGAUGGCGCCAACGGUCUAGAAGCCUUCCAGAAGUCUGCUGCCGAGGGCACCUUGCCUGAAGUCAGCUGGGUGUUCCCCCCGGGUAAUCUGCAGGAGCACUCUCCUCAUACUCCCAUGGAUGGAGCUUGGUACAUGAACCAGGUUGUCGGCGCCGUCAUCAACGGCAAGAACUAUAACGAGACCCUGGUCAUGAUCAACUAUGAUGAAGGUGGCGGUUGGGGCGAUGCGGUUCUGCCACUGAUCAGCCCCAAUGGCACUGCUGGUGAGUGGUUUGAGGAUCCCUAUGGAAAGCUUGGCUACACCUUCUCCGGCCCUGGUGUUCGCAUUCCCCUCAUGCUCAUCUCUCCCUUCACGCGUGGUGGACACGUCUUUACGGAGCGCGCUGACCAUUCUUCUAUGAUCCAAUUCCUCGAGCUGUGGCUCACGGCAAAGGGAUACAACAACGUUAGUACGGCGGAGCUCUCCGACUGGCGGCGCGAGCACAUGUCGGACCUGCUUAACGCCUUCGACUUUGAGAACCCAGACUACAGCAUCCCGGACCUCCCAGAGCCGCCGACCCCAAUCAAGGACGCCAAAGGCAACAUCAUUGGGACCUUCAAUGCCAUCUGCAGCAGGGAGCUCCAGGGCCACUGCUCUGGCAAUGCUUACCACGCCGCUAUCCCUUAUGGCAAGCAGACGGAGGAGGACUCGCUGUUUUUUGAGGACGGCUUCAAGAGCGUCCGCGGCGGUCUCGGCGAGGGCCACUUCAUCGUGCUCGAGUCCAAUGGCCACGCGCUGACUAAUGCGGGCGUCGACAAGCAAUUCACGGCCUCCAAGGCCACCGCCAAGCAUGACGAUAUCUACCAGCGCUGGGUGGUGCGAGGCCUGGCAGCUGAGGGCGACGAGUUCCAUGUCAAGAGCGCGCUCGACGGCAAGUGGCUGUCACAGCAUACUAGCCUGUCAGUCUCGGAGAGCGGUGCCCAGGCCUACAAGAUCGCCUACAUGGGCCACGGCCUGUACUCGCUCCAGAAGGAGAACGGCAAGUACACCAACAUCAGGGAAGACGGUAGUAUCUCCAUUGAUGCCACUCCUAUUGGCUACAAGCUUUACAGUGUGACCUACCAUAAAUAG